AUGGACAUUACCAUCCAGCACCCUUGGUUCAAGCGCGCUCUGGGACCCCUGAUUCCAAGCCGUUUGUUUGACCAGUUUUUCGGAGAGGGUCUCCUGGAGUACGAUCUCCUGCCUUUGUUCUCCUCCACUAUCAGCCCCUACUACCGGCAGUCCCUCUUCCGCAGCGUGCUGGAGUCGGGCAUUUCAGAGGUGAGGUCUGACCGGGACAAGUUUACGAUCAUGCUGGAUGUAAAACACUUUUCUCCUGAAGAUCUGAGUGUGAAGAUUAUCGAUGACUUUGUGGAAAUCCAUGGCAAGCACAGUGAAAGACAGGAUGACCACGGCUACAUCUCCCGUGAGUUUCACCGCCGGUACCGCCUGCCCGCCAACGUGGACCAGUCUGCCAUCACCUGCUCCCUGUCUGGCGACGGCAUGCUGACCUUCUCAGGCCCCAAGGUCCCCUCCAACAUGGACCCCACCCACAGCGAGAGGCCCAUCCCCGUGUCCCGGGAGGAGAAGCCCACCUCCGCGCCUUCCUCCUAA